CAAAAACAAAUUAAUAAGAAAAAUUGAAAAAAACCCCAAACAGGUUAAGAUCAAGCUCGAAACCCUAAUCGGCAAAACUGGGAAAUUGGAAACAUAGGUUUAGGGUUUACCUUUUAUAAUUUUUGAGUUCAUUUCGCUUCUUCGGUUAGAGUUGGAGGAGCUGAGCGGAGGAGGCGGAUACGAUUUUAUUUCAGAGAGAUGACGUUCAAGAGGAGGAACGGAGGGCGUAACAAGCACGGCCGCGGCCAUGUCAACUUCAUUCGCUGCUCCAACUGCGGCAAAUGUUGCCCCAAGGAUAAAGCCGUGAAGAGAUUUCUGGUUCGUAACAUAGUGGAACAAGCUGCAGUGCGUGAUGUGCAGGAAGCGUGCGUUUACGAUGGAUACACGCUUCCCAAGCUGUACGCGAAGAUGCAGCACUGUGUAUCUUGUGCGAUUCACUCGCAUGUGGUUCGAGUGAGAUCUCGCACCGAUCGUCGCAACCGUGAGCCUCCUCAGCGUUUCAGACGUCGGAAUCUUUGGCCAACCUGUGUACUGAACUGGGAACGUUGCUAUUCUGUGCUAAGAAUUUGUAGCUAUCAUAAAAUGGGUCUUGCUUCAUUUUCCUUAAGGAAGGCAUUUUUUGAAGAGAUAAGUAUACAUGUUUUUCACAAUAGAGAGCCGAAAUGCUUGGGUUUUAAAAGUUUGCUUUUAUUUAAAAUAAUAGGUACUUGUCUACUCACUUUCUAAUAGUUUACUUAUUUGUCAAAGGAUGUACAUCACUAUCCAUGUUUAGAAUCUAUAGCCAUCAUAAGAUUCUUUCUCCAAUUUCCUUCACGAGAGCAUUAGGGGAAGAUUAAUUCACAUGUUUAUUUGCAGUAGAGGACUGGGAAUAAGGAUAUUUACUUGCACAUCUAAAGUUGAAAUUUCUUUUAGGUUCUUCCAUUAACUAUGCAAAUUCAGUAGAUGAAUUAUGACUAGGGAUUCACCUUAUUGAUUGAAAGCUGAACCAAAUUGUAGCAGCAGAACGAAAAUAUAUGACCACAUUAGAGUGUCAUAAGCCUUUGUAAUGUCGAGCAUUACUAUAUGAUUAUUGCACGUCUCUCCAAUCUAUUCAUCAAGUGAACCAAUUCUUCUGCAAUAAUAAUCUGAUCUGUAAUUUGCUUUCCCACUAUAAACCCAUUAUGUUCUGGUGAGAUGAUUUAAUUAAAACAGGAACAAACCAGUUACCAUAAGUCUUGUUACAGUCUUAAAUAUCACAUUACAAAGUGAAACAUGCCUAUCAAUGUCAAAUCUGAUUCUUGCUUUUUGAUCGCUCCAUUUAUGGAUAAUAAGUAGCUCAUUUCCACCACAAACGCAAAUAAAUCAUGAUUGACAAUAUCCCAAAGAUGCUGAAGGAACCCAAAGCAGAAACCAUCGAGUCCAAGGGCCAUCUCUAUACUCAUUCCAGAUAUCAUAGCUUCUAAUUCUGACACCUGGACUGGUCUAAUUGAACUUUUAUGUAUAUAGGCUUUAACUUCGUCUAAUUCCAAAUAUAUAUCAACUCAGUAACUCUUCCACGAAACAUUGGUUAAAUGAUAGAGAGGUCUCUCCAGAAUAUUAACAAGACAUUCGCUUGUUUGGCUCUAAAGGCAUAGAAUUACUGUGUACAAUUGGCUAAGUUUUUGUUGCACUUAUUCUUGACCACAUUUAGAAUUUGUAGCUUUGUGGGAAGACAUAGUAAAUACUGUUGGUGUUUUUGUUGCAAAGCAUCUUUAGCAUCAAAGAUUUACCAAAAAGUUGCUUAUUCCAUUCUUUCAGCUUUUUGCCUUAUUCCAAAGGAAUAUAAUUUGUUUGAUAACUAAGAAUAUCUAAUCUUUGAAUUUGAAGUAUACCUCAAACUAAAAGUUGCUUAUUCCAUUAUUUCAGCUUUGCCUUAUUCCAAUGGAAUACAUAAUUUGUUUGAUAUCUAAGAAUAUCUUAUAUUUAAAUCGAAGUAUACUUUUAAGCUACCUUGGUUGAUCAACCAACUCUGAGAUGUGAUCAGGCCUAAGCAUAAAAUGAAUACUAGAUGAAUAAGGAUAUAUGGUUUUAAAAGGUUCUUUGGAACCAGAAACUUGUCAAGUUGCUUAGGUAUAUAAGCAUUCCCUUUACAUGUGUUUGAAAACAUUUAAAGACUCCUUGCCAGAUAUAUUAAUGCAUGCAACUUGACAUCUCAGAUGGUAAGUGCACAUGUUUAUUCAAAGUGGACAGGUUUUAAGUUCUUAUGCUAACUUAGAAAACUAAACCUAACUAAUUGUAACACAUGGCUGGUUUACACUGACAUGAUUAGCAGGGCAAUUUUUCAGUUAAAAACAAAAAGGGAUGCUACCUAAGGUGGGAACAAUUCCAAAAAUUUAUUUCACUUUGGAGGGAAUAGAGUAUAAGCUUUGGCUGCCAAAGGAAAGAGCUCUGGCUACAAGCUUAUCAGAGCCUUACCAGGAUCUGCAACCCUUUAAGCAUGACUUCAAUUACACUGGAAACCAACUGGAGCAGUUGAGAUCAUAAUGGAGGCGAAAGGUCAUUUCUCGGUGACAAAGAGUUCAGACAGAAAUAUUGGUUACUUAACAAAUCUACUCUCUUAGUGAAGAAUUGGGCAUUAGCAUUCACCCCAACUGAAGUACUCAGCACAGCUCCAGUUCAGAUUUGGCUUUCAUGAGUAUCGAGUGAAUAUUUGGCUAGAGGCAACACGGAAGAAAAUAGCAGUGGAAAGUGGAGAAUAUAUUACUAUAUACUAUUCCCAGAUUUGUGUGAAUAUAUUUUUGAAGAUGCCUCUCUCUAAUAGACGAAUAUUGGAUACUGGAGGGAGAAAAUGACAGCUGCAAUCAGACACCUUUUUUUACUUAAAAUAUAAUUUCAAUGAGAGAGCCAAGAACCAUCAGAUGCAAAGUUACAAUCUAAGUGAAGGUCAUGGAGAUAUCAGAGGGGAAUACAUUACUGCCAAAAUCUAUGUAGAACACUAAACCCAACAAAUGGAAACAGAAAACAAAUUCAGUUGAGCAUACAUUAGGAAAGGGAAAGAUUUCUCAAAUCAAGUGAACCAGCUCCAACUCGCGAAUCUUUUCACAGCCAUGAACAAGAUGGAAGAACCAGAACGGAACAACCAGACAAACAAAUAAAUAAGUGCAGCUCAAAAGACACGGAUCAUUCAAAUGAAUGCCUUAAGAUUACAAGGAACCCACGAAAAAAGAGACGCAUUUCAAGGCAGAAGAAAACCAGCAGAAGCCAUGGAACCAAAAGAUUUAUCCCUAGAUCUAAAAUUAAGAACCUUUGAAGCUGGGAGAACAAACGACCAGUGUGAAAAAAAUAGAACUAUGAAACCAUUUUAACAUGUCUUUCCACAAGAAGGUAUUGUUGACAUAAGAGCAGUGCACAUCUUGACUCCAUAGUCAAAUAAGGAUGAUGAAAUAGAGAUCUCAGAUCCAGUUUCUGCCCAAUAAUACUAUAAUGGAAUGCAAGUGGAACAGAUGUUCCUAACAAAAAAUGACUAACAUGAAAACCAGGGACAUUCAUGCAGAUCUGGUACUCUUAUAGGAAACAAACAGUACCAGAUCUGAUAUUCAAACAGGAAAAUAAGCAGAUAGCAGAGGGGCACCAAAUGAAUGCGUUUCUGCAUUGACACAAUUUAACAUUCAAUGUACCUACCUCCAUAAGCUCCGACAAAUGGAAGUUGCCUCAGAUUUAUACUGAUUAAAAAAAUCCAUAGAUGUUUGCAGUGAAUUUGUAUAUGCCCCCAAGUAGAACAUGAGAAUAAACACCUGCAAUAACUAAAAAAUGGCCUCUCACAAAUUCCUAAUAUGGGCCCAUCUUUAUAAUACAAUGCAAUCAAAACCAAAAUGAAAAAAGGAAGAAUAAGCUCCGAUAAGAGAACAGUUGAUGUGUUGACAUAGAUUAUUGAUAUGAUUGAUCUAAACUACUUUGAAGGCCAUCGUACAUGGACAAAUAAAAGAAAAGUGAGUACCUAAAGAGUGGUGAAUUUAGAUAGCAUCCUCCAAUCCCUCAAUAGAUAGCCUACAAAACUAUGGUUGAAUUGCAAGUUUGGGAUACAACACUUUCAAGUAAUCACCAUUACAGAUUUGUGUUUAAAAUUUAAAUACAUGUUCGUUUCCUUUUUGAUUUUUACUUGGUAUAUUUAUUUAAUAUUUGCAAAAUCAUAAAAACUUUGUCCAAUUUAUUUUUCAGUCUUUGUUUGGGUAAAUUGGAAUCAUAACCCCCUAUAAAAGUUGGUUUCAGUUUAUGGAGAAUUCAAUUCCUGUAAGGUGGUUUUACUUUUAAGUCAAGGUAUUUGGAUUCCUUUUGCUCCCUUUUAUACAAGGUUGCUUGUUUUAGUUGUGCAUCUUAGGGGUGUAGGAUACUGUAACUCUUUAGAAACCUUUUAAUUACAUGCAUUGGUAGUAUAAAAUCCUUAGUUUUAUGUUCUACACUUUAUGUUCAUUACGAGAUUUUGGCAUCAAAUUCAAUUAACUUUUCCGGAGGGAAGAUUUGUAGAGGGUUUUGAAAUUUACAAUAAGCUUAAUUCAUAUUAUUUCCUUUUCAGGAAAUGGGCUUAAUGACAGCAAUGCAUUUGAAUAUUUUUUUUAUGC